AUGAGCUCCCGUUGUGUUAUUUGCGAUCGAUCUUUCGAUAGCGACGAAAGCCUGCAGCAGCACAGACAAGCAGCACCCGCGCACACCUUCGACUGUAGAUCUUGCGACCGUCACUACGGCAGCAAGCAGGCGUUACAGCAACACCUACGUGACUCUCCGGUUCAUGCUCCGUCCUUCAAGUGUAAGGCCUGCGAUCGAUCCUUCAGUAAUGAGCAGGCAUUACAGCAGCAUCUACGCGACUCUCCAGUCCAUACCACGUCCUUUGACUGUGAUGACUGCAAUCGAUCUUUCGAUAGCGAAGAGGCGUUGCAGCAGCACCUGCGGGAUUCACCAGCGCAUGCCCUGACCUUCGCCUGUGAGACUUGCAGUCGAUCCUUUGGCGAUGAGCCGGCAUUACAGCAACACCUACGCAACUCCCCGAUUCAUGCCCCGUCCUUCGACUGUGAGACUUGCAAUCGAUCCUUCGGCAGCAAAGAGGCUCUAGAUCAGCACCUACGGGACUCUAGUAUUCACCAGAAAGAUACCGAAACCCCUUUAGAUGUCUUUUUCCGCUCCUUCCCAGAGUUCGAUUAUGACCCUUCUCUCCCACCAGCUACUUCGUAUGCCAACCUACAGAGACAAGAAGGAUGGAGCCGUGGCAACCCUGCGUCAGACGAUGCGUGGAACAGAUAUCAAGACGCGCUGCAAAGCGAACUGCACUUGUGGUACGGUGCAGAGGACGAUUUGAAUGCGUGGCAUGCGCUUUGUCGCCCAAUCGGUAUCGAGCCGCUUCCGAAAACAUGCGAGCAAUGUGAGGAGGUGGGAGACCUUGCAACGAAAAUCGGUGGAUUCAUGCUGACGCGGGUAAAUAGGCUGCACGAAGGACACACGUUAAUAUCAUUGAUUUGA